GAAGUGCGCCGAAGCAGUCCUUCCUCCGCCUUCUAGUGCUGCUAAUGUCCCCUAAAGGGCCCUGAGCCUUCGGAAGGGUCCUUGCUUCCCCGCUUCUCCUCGCUCCGGCCUGAGCCCCAGCUAUGGAGCCGGAGCCGGAGGCGUCGCAGCCGGACAGCCUGGAGGGCUGGGUGGCCGUCAAGGCGGAGGCCUUCUCGGAGCCGGAGCCGGCGCAUAGGCUGCGGUUCUUAGUGGCCUGGAACCGGGUGGAGGGCAUGUUCGCCGUCACCUGCCACAACCGGACCCUGCAGGAGGAGCAGCAGCAGCAGGACGAGGAGGCGGAGGAGGAGGCCUCGAGCUGGGCGGGCUUCUACUCCCCUCGGGCCCUGCAGGGCGCCCACCGGCAGCUCUCGGCCUUGGACCCGCAGCUGGCCUCCGCCUUCCCGGCCCUGCCCUCGGCCCUCGCUGACGACGGAGGAGGCGCCUGGGGCCUGUGGUCCUUGCUCUUCCCGGUGCCCGAAGUCUCCGAGGCGGAGCUGGAGGCGCUGUGCCGCCGCCUGGAGCGCUACCUGGGCUGGGCCUUGGAGCUCUGCGGGAGGAAGGUGCUGCUGGAGCUGCUCUUCGCCCAGGACCUCCAGGAAGAGGAGCGGUACUUCGAGAACCUCCAGGAGUUCCGCAGAAAAGCCCUCAAGGGACGCCUGGCAGAAGCCAAGGAGGCCCUCAGGAGGAUUCUACAUCAGCACAAAGACACUGACAAGUUGGUAGACUUAAUGGAACUCUAUAAGGAGGAGGACGAAGCUUAUUUGGAACUGGUGACUGUAGCAACUGAAUUCUACCAGUAUUUACUGCAGCCAUUUAGAGAUAUGCGUGAACUUGCAACUUUAUACAGACUAGAGAUCCUGAAAUCCCUGCAAGCCAACAGACUGGGCCCCAAAAGAGUAGAAUCCUUGCGAAAGGAAGCAGAGGAAUGGACGAAUCAGGCUGAAGAAGCUGUGUGCUCCAUCCAAGACAUCACAGUCAGUUACUUCAAGGAAACUGUGAUGGCACUAGCAGCAAUGCAGAAGCAAAUGGAGCAAGAUCAGAAACGAUUUGGCCAAGCUGCCUGGGCAUCAGUUUCUCCAAGAUUAGAAAACCUGAAGUACCUGCUAGCAAAAGAGACCCUUCAACACAUGAGAGCCAAAGAGCUGUGCCUGAAGCACAAAAGAACCAACACCCAGAAGCAAAUGGAGACCCUGGAAGACCAAGAAAAUGACAUAGAUCGAGUUGAAGAGCUUGAAAUAGAAUACUACGAAACCCAGCUGGAGCUGUACGAGGUACAGUUUGAGAUCUUGAAGAAUGAAGAGCUGCUGCUUGUUGCUCAGUUGGAAACAUUAAGAAGGCGAAUGAAAGAGAUUCAAGAUGAAGUAAUUUAUUAUGACACAUGUGAAACUCCAGAUGAGUUAGAAGCCACUGAGCAAGCCCUGGAAGAAACUCGCAUGCCUUCCUCUGAAAUGGCUCAGCUGAGACAGAAGACUCAGCAGCUAGAGACAAAACGUGGGAUUAUCUGCUCAAGAAGAGCCUAUCUCAGGAACAAAAAGGAUCAAUGUGAAGAGAGCCGGCGUCUCAGGCUCCACCAGGCAGAGGAGAGUGUUCGGCAUUUCGAGCAACAUCACAGUAUCCAGAUUAAAAGAGACAAGAGGAAAGAAGAUGAGAAAAAGAAAAAAGCCUGGAUCAAACAGGAGCGACAGAAAACUCUGGAGAGACUAAAAACAUUCAAAGAGAAAUGUCCAGCUCAGUUUGUGCUGAAGACAUCCCGUCCUCAGCCUUUAAACGCCAAACAGCCUCAGGUUGUGUCCCGUCAAACUCAAGCUGCACCCCCUCAACCUUUGUCGACAAGCAAAGUGCCCGCCGCUAAGCAGUCAAGGGCCUCUCGCCUGGCACGGGAAACCAAAGGUUCCAAAGCAUUGUGUCAAAAGCCUUCAAAAGAGAUUUCCAUCCAGAUUUUUGUACCACCCCAUGGCCUGGAGCAACCCAAGAAGAGUGAGGCGGUAUCAUCACUGUUGCCACCUCCUCCACCCCCGCCUCCCCUCCCUCCUCCUCCUCCUCCUCCACCCCUACCAAACAUCCAGCCCAUUUGCCUAAGGAUGCCACAAGAAGCAUCACUGCCCCUCAAGUGUGAAGACUCAUCUACAACAAGAGUCUCCACUAAGGAGGGAAACAGUGCAGUUAAUAAUUAUACAGGAUCCAUGGAUGAAGUUUUGGCUUCACUAAAGCGUGGCGAAAUCCGUCUCCGUAAAGUGGAACCAUCCUGUCAGGCGGCUUCUUCUGGUGCCUCACUCAAUGACAGCAUCCUUGCUGCUAUAAGACAGGGCGUGAAGCUGAGGAAAGUCAAUCAGGAGCCCAAGAUGGACCUGGAGAAAAGUUCCAGCAAUGAACUGGAGCGAAGCAUAAAGGCGGCCAUCCAGAGAAUUAAGAAAGUGUCAGCUGACUCAGAAGAUGAUGAAAAUAAUGAUCAUAACAGUGGUGAAUGGAAUAGUUAACACAGUGGUCUACAGACUGUGCUCUGAACCUUCUCAGAAGCUUAUCGGGUUCCACAGUGAGAAGAAAAGUAAUGACUAGGAAGCUCGGUACAUUCAAGGCGACAGCCCUGAGGCCCACCUGGUUAGUGUCUUUCAUGGACAGAGUGACUCAGAAUCCUUUGCAGUGCACUGGAGUUUUGAGGAAGAUGUGGAAAGGGGUCCUCUGGAUAUAGGGAUGUUAAACUACUGAAUUUGAAGAGAUUCAGGUCAGCCUGUUUACUGACUUGCCUUUAUUGUAUUUUGCACAUUUUAAAGGAAAGGGGUUAGUCUGUUUUAGGAAACGGAAAACUGUAUUCUGGUGAUUCUGUGUCACCAACAGUUCAAAACUGUUAAAUGUGUCUUCCUGGUUCUUUUCCAAAGUCAAUUAUUUUGCCAUUAUACUCAGUGAAGCACUAAUGAAAUAGCACUACGUGUGUUUGUCAAAAGACAUCCACUUAUGACUGUCCGAGACAAUGAAUUCCCCCUCAAAGAUGGACAGCUACAUAGGAAUUCAGCAGGUUUACCUCAGUUUGACACAUUUUUAGAAAGCACUGACAGGAGUUCUUCAGCAGAAAGUUGUCUUUUGGAUUUUAUUACAUAGUAACAUAUACUAAAGGCACCAGGUCCCAUCUGACCUUAGAAACUAAGUAGGGUCAACCCUGUUAAGUACCUGAAUAGUAGACCACCAAUGAAUACCAGGUGCUGUAGGCUACAUUUCAGAGGGAGGAACUGGCAAAACCACCUCAGAGUAUACCUUACCUAAGAAAACCCUAUGAAAUUCAUGUAGUCACCAUGAGUUGACUGGUGACUUGAAGGCAAAUACACACAUACAAAACUUAAAAUAAUAUUAGACAUUGCAACAGUAAAAUACCUUUAGCAGCCUUCCUCGGGCCAGCACCCUUCAGAUAAAGGAGAUAAUGCCAUCACCCUCAAAAAGCAUGGCCAUAACUGCCAUUGUGGGAAAUGUAGUCCAACACCUCUAGAGAAUACUAAAUGGGCUAAGCUAAUCCAUACUUUGAAGAUUGCUGCUGUUUUCAUGAAUACUUCACUGACUAUCAGGAAAAAAAUACCUUGUUUAAAUUGAAAUGAUUUCUUUCAAUAACACUGUAUACAUAGAAAAAGAUCUGACGUUUGUGUCACUACUGUUGGAUUGGAAAUGAAUUUUGAGCUAUUUUUUGCAGUCUUUAGUAGAAUCGAUGUUGCUAACUGGUGUUAAUUUUUAAGCACAUGUGCUUGCUUUUGAUAAAGCCAUAAUCAGUUGGCUAUGAGGGAAUUGCCCAUCUAUUUGUGUGUUCAGGACACUUGUCAGGUGCUAGCUAAAAUUAAGGCUGUCAUUAAGUAUUGCAGUUAUGGAUUUGUAACUGCUCUGUAUUCAGCAAGACUUUGGUACUGUAUACAUGCAUAAAUGCCAUCCCAGCCCACCUUAACAGUCAGCCGCUGAAUUAGGCAAAGGUGGUCUGUUCGGUUUCCAAGUGGGAUGCAAAGAAGAUGACCUUUCCACCCCUCUGCUGCAAGUAAGGCUGUGACAAUCACAAGCAGGGCCCCUGUCACAAGUCCUUGUCACAACCUCACUUGCUGGAAAGAGGGGUGUGGAAAUAUCAUCCUUGCACCUCGAUCAGAAACAGAGCAGGCCCCCCUUUACCCACUUUGGCACCUCCAGGUGUGCAGUGUUGGGCCAGGAGACAUAACAAAGUAACCACAAACAUGACAAAACUGAUCUGCAAUGCUAGCAUGAUUUUCUUUCAGAUGCUGUAUUCAUUACUUCACAUCAUCAGACUUACACUCAGAAGCGUAAAGUCUUUACCAUACCAAUUGUGCCAAAAGAUAGUCACGUCCAUUUUUUUAAAAACCUCCUCGAAAUAUACUUUUCUUAGUGUUCCGAACUUUGUUCACAUCUAGUCUUUCUUUGACCAGUUCCGCUUUUUCCAUCUGCCCACAAUUUCCAUUUUAGUGGUUAUCAGAAGGCUUAAUGAAAAUUCUGUUUAUUUUAAUCAGCAGUAUUUUUUAGUCUAUAGUACAUUAUUGAAAAGAUUCAAGUGUGAGUUAUAUCCCAUGAUACUGCAGAUUGUUUUAACUGUGUUUCACCAAAAUAUCUGCGAACACAACACCAACUGCAUCUUGCCUUCUACAUUUGGCCCAGAAAGUUGUGCCAAAAAUAACAAAAUGAAUUUCAACAGAGAGAAAAGUUAGAUACUACACUUGGGAAAUAAAAAUGAAAUGCACAGAUAUAGGGUGGGUGACACCUGGCUUGAUGGUAGUACAUUUGAAAGGAAUCGUGGAGUCUUAGUGGACCACAGGCUGAAAAUGAGUCAGCAAUGUGAUGCAGGAGCUAAGAAAGCCAAUACAAUUCUAGGCUGCACCAAUAGAAGCAUAAUGUCUAGAUCGAGGGAGGUAAUAGUGC